UCAGAAAAAGUUGUUCUCGUGAGCAGGGCGAUUACAAAUGGGAGUCCAUGGUCUGUGGGAGCUACUGGCUCCGGUUGGCCGUCGCGUGUCCGUCGAAACCCUGGCCGGAAAAAAGCUCGCCAUCGAUGCGAGCAUAUGGAUGGUGCAGUUCAUGAAGGCGAUGCGGGACGAGAAGGGCGAGAUGGUACGGAAUGCGCACUUGCUCGGCUUCUUCCGCCGGAUCUGCAAGCUCUUGUUCCUCAGGACCAAGCCCGUCUUCGUCUUCGACGGCGCUACCCCCGCCCUCAAGCGCCGCACCGUCAUCGCCCGCCGCCGACAGCGCGACAACGCGCAGGCCAAGGUCCGCAAGACCGCUGAGAAGUUGCUUCUCAAUCAGCUUAAGGCAAUGAAGUUGAAAGAACUGGCAAAGGAUAUUGAGAAGCUGAAGCAGAAGCAGAAGAGUGAUGCCAAGGGUGAGAAGAUUCUGUCAGAUCAAACUAACAUGGCGGGGAAUCGGUUAGAAGGGGAUGCUAUGAUUUUAAAGAGUUCCAAUCAGGAGAAGCUAGAUGAAAUGUUGGCGGCAUCUAUUCAGGCAGAGGAAAAUGGGAGAUUCACUAACAAUGCAUCAACAUCUUCUGCUGCUGCUAUUCCUUCUGAGGAGGAUGACAAUGAAGAAGAAGAGAUGAUACUGCUUGCAGAGGAUGGUGAAGUUGAUCCAGAUGUAUUAGCUGCUUUGCCUCAGUCAAUGCAGCGCAAUCUUCUUGCUCAGCUCAAGGGAAAGAACUUGGCGGCAGAUGUUGAGAACCAGAGACAGUUGCAGAAUGAUGAUGCUAAGGGUAAAAAGAUUUUGUCAGAUGAAACUGACAUGCUUGGUUGUAGUUCAAAGGAUGAUGAUCUGGUAUCAAGGAAUGACCUUCAGGAAAAGCUAGAUGAAAUGUUGGCAGCAUCUAUUUUGGCAGAGGAAAAUGGGAGGUUAGCUAACAGUGCAUCUAAAUCUGUUGCUCAUUUUUCUUCUGAGGAGGAGGUUGGCGAAGAAUAUGAAGAUGAAGAUGAAGAGAUGAUGCUGCCUGCUAUGAAUGGUGACUUUGAUCCAAAUGUAUUGGCUGCUUUGCCCCCAUCAAUGCAACUUGAUCUUCUUGUUCAUACGAGAGAAAGAUUAAUUGCGGAAAACAGACAAAAGUAUCAGAAAGUCAAGAAGGAUCCUGCAAAGUUCUCUGAGCUGCAAAUACAAGCUUAUCUUAAAACUGUUGCUUUCCGUCGAGAGAUAAAUGAAGUGCAGAAAUCUGCUGCAGGGAGGGGGGUAGGAGGUGUACAGACUUCUCGGAUAGCCUCCGAAGCGAACAGAGAAUUUAUCUUCUCAUCAUCAUUUACUGGUGAUAAACAAGCACUUACAUCUGCCAAAGCACAGAGAAAUGGAGAUAAGUCACAAGAGACACACGGAGAGCAUCCUUCUCAAGAAUCUAUCAAUGGUGUUGCAUCUACCAGUAAGUCCAAUACCAUGACUGGUUCAGACCUGGAUGAAUCUAGAAGGGUUUUUGAUGACAAUAUUGAGACAUAUAUGGAUGAGAGGGGGCGUGUUCGAGUCAGCAGAGUGAGAGCUAUGGGGAUCCGUAUGACACGUGAUAUACAAAGAAAUUUGGAUUUGAUGAAAGAGAUUGAGCAGGAGAGCACAAGUGCGAAGAACAUUGCAAAUACUCAAACCAUGCUUGACAGAAAUGAAAUUAGUGUCCCGACAAGAUUUCCCAGUAAAGACCAGUCUGUAGAAGCUUCACACGAUGAUAAUAGUGAAUCUGUUAACUUGAAUGAGAGAAAUGAGGAGGCCAUGUUAAAAAAUGACACUUCCAUGGAGAUAUCCUUUGAAGAUGACGAGAAGAACAAGUGUUUUGAUGGUGAUGACGAUCUAUUUGCUCAUUUAGUAGCAGGGAAUCCAAUAAAAAUCUCUUCUGCUGAAAAUGCCUUAUCAAGGAAGCAGGAAGGAAUCAUCAAAGAGAAAGGCAAUAGUCUCUCUAGUGAUGGAGGAGCUGAAACUAAGCCCUCUCUUGAGGAAGGUAACACGAGUGAUGUGGAAUGGGAGGAAGGAGUUUGUGACUUCCAUAAAAGCACCUCCUCGUGCCAAGCAGAAUCAGGGAGAACAGUUUCUAAAGGUCAUAUGGAAGAAGAGACUGAUUUGCAGGAAGCAAUUCGGAGAAGUCUCGAGCAUGUAGGGAAUAAGGAAUCUAAUCUUGAACUAGCUCAAGAUGAUAAGAAUUAUGGAGAAAAGGUUCAUAAAGAUAUUGGAAUCUUUGAUCAGAAAAAUACUAUAGGUGGGGAACUUUUGCCAGGGAAGAAUGGUACUCCAGAAAAUGAGUCGUUUUGUGAAAUUGUGGAUGGAGUUGAAAGACCAGAUAGUGUGGCUGGAGUAACUGUGUUACAAACCAGUGAUUCGCCUGGGAGGCAGUUGAUGUCAUCUGUAGCAUGUAAUUCUGAUAAUAUGCGGGUGUUGAUAACUAAGCCACAUGAAAAAUACCCAGGGUCUUGUUCUGGACAAUCAAUGCAAGAUGCAAGUGAAAGUGGGAGUUUGGACAGAGAGAUGCCAUGUGCAGAAUCUGUAACUCCUUUGGAAAAUAAGGAGGUCCAGGUGAUUACAGAACAUCUAUUGGAUACCUUUAGAGCGGGUUCUGGCUUAUCUAGCUCUCCUAACCAUGGAUCAGAGGGUAGUUCUCGUGUUUCUGAUACCAUAUCUGGUGCCAAUACCAAUGACAUUCAGAUUGCUGAUAAGACCAAUGUUACUAAAGCUGCACCCGUGCAUCUUUUUCCUGACAUGAUUAACCCCAACUUUCCUGUAAUGAAGUUAUCCACAAAAGACUUGACAGAUGACCUUGAUUUUCAGCCGAAGUUGGCUGCUGAAGAAAUAAUUGACAAUAGUAUUGAGGAAAGGGAGCACAACAAGGACAAUUCUCCCUUUGAGGGAAAUGAAAAUCUGCAUGUCGAAGUCACAGAGGGUAAUUUAGAUGAGGAAAUGCUAAUUCUCGAUCAAGAAUAUUUGAAUCUAGGAGAUGAACAGAGAAAGCAUGAGCGUAAUGCAGAAUCUGUCAGCAGCGAGAUGUUUGCAGAAUGCCAGGAACUACUUCAAAUGUUUGGAUUGCCUUAUAUUAUUGCACCAAUGGAAGCAGAAGCUCAAUGCGCUUAUAUGGAACUUGCAAACCUUGUUGAUGGUGUUGUGACUGAUGACUCUGAUGUGUUUUUGUUUGGGGCUAGAAGUGUUUACAAGAAUAUAUUUGAUGACCGAAAAUAUGUUGAGACAUACCUCAUGAAGGACAUUGAGAAGGAGCUUGGCCUGACAAGAGAAAAAUUAGUUCGGAUGACAUUGCUUCUUGGAAGUGAUUAUACUGAAGGUGUUAGUGGGAUUGGCAUUGUCAACGCUAUUGAGGUUGUAAAUGCAUUUCCUGAGGAAGAUGGCCUCUCUAAAUUCCGGGAGUGGAUUGAGUCACCAGAUCCCACCAUCCUUAAAAAGUUUGAUGCAGAAACAGGAUCGAGUGCGAAAAAAAGGGGACCAAAAGUUGGUGACAAAGGUUUGAAUUGCUCAAAAAGUAACACAGAAGAAGUCUCUGCAUCUGACCUAAACAUGUCCCAAGCUCAAGAGCAGCAGCAGUCUGCAACUUACAUGCAGGACAUAAAGCAGAUUUUUAUGGAUAAGCAUAGAAAUGUGAGCAAGAACUGGCAUAUUCCUUCUUCUUUUCCAAGUGAAGUGGUUAUCUCUGCUUACUUUUCUCCCCAAGUUGACAAGUCAACUGAGCCAUUUACAUGGGGAAAGCCAGAUCAUUUUGUUCUUCGCAAAUUGUGUUGGGAAAGGUUUGGGUGGGCUACCCAGAAGGCGGAUGAGUUGCUAGUACCUGUUCUGAAGGAGUACAACAAACACGAGACUCAAUUGCGGUUGGAAGCGUUUUACACUUUCAAUGAACGAUUUGCGAAAAUUCGUAGUAAGAGAAUUAAUAAAGCCGUUAAAGGAAUCACUGGAAACCAAACCUCGGAGUUGAUGGAUGAUCCCUUGCAAGAGGUUUCCAAAAGUAGAAAGAAAAGAAGAGUAAGCCCAGUUGAUAACAAGUCAGAGAAACCGUCAAAGAAACUAGAUCAGAGUGAUGUUCAGAACCAAAGUAACUAUGUGGACAAAUCAACACUUAAGCAUUCAAGGAAAAGGAGGAAUACUGGAGAGCCUGUUCCAUCUACAGAGAUGAGUACAGAAUCACCUAUGGAGGCACAAGGCAGGCGAAGUCACAGCAGAGCAUCACGUGGGAAUGGAAGAAGCAGAGGAAGAGGGAGAGGCAAGGGAAUAGGAAGAGGAAGGGGAAAAAGAAGUUCUGGUUCUGAGCCAUGUGAAAGCAGUAGUGGUGACAGUGAUGAUGACGAGCGAGAAGUUCUUGUGGAGAAGUUAGAAGGGCCAGACGAAGUGCGAAGGUCAAUGCGAGUUCGGAAGCCUGUAAAUUACACUGUGAAUCACUUUGAAGCUGACGAUGUGGACAAAUCAUCAGACCAAAGCAAUAAAGAAUGCUCGGAUGAAGAGGCAGUAGAGCAAGAUAUAUCUUCGGCCCGGGUUGUAUGCGGAGAUGCAGCUGCUGGUCAUAAUGCAGGACAACCUGCGUUUGAGGAGUGCUUGCAUGGAGACUCUCUUGAAAUGGGAGAUGGCUUAUGCACUGACAAAUGUGAAAUCAGUCAACCAGAUGCGACCCAGUGUGGCGAUCCAUCUUUUGAGGCCGAGUUUUCUAAGGAUUACCUCAACAUGGGAGGUGGGUUUUGCUUGGAUGAAGGUGAGCCAGAAAAUGACACAGAUGGAGCUCAUGGCCUGGCUUCAGCUACUGCCUCAGGAAAUGCUGACCUAUCCCAUCGCCCUGGUUUCGUGGAUGAAGCUGAUGAUAUUGAUAAUGGUUCAGUUCAUUCUAACUUGGUCCCCAAAGGUGCCUUGAAUGGACUUCAAGAUAGAGGGAAGAUGGACGCAGAUGAUACCGCUUCGAAUGUGGACCAUCUAAAUGCCUUAAGUAAUGAUGGUAAUUCAAAGGGGUGGGGGUCCUUGCAGGAGAAUACUAGAGAUGAUACUGGAAAGACAUCUGUAGGAGGUCUGAGCGCUAUGCCUUUUCUGAGAAGAAAGCGGAGGAAGAGCUGAAACCUGUCUAUUCUGGAUGUCAUAUCAUUUUUGUUCAUUCUUUUUUGGUGUAUAUAUAUAUCAUAAGUUGCCAUCUCCCUCUCCCUCUCUCCUUUUGUCUUUUUAGCAUUUUCAUUUAAGAACUUAUCAGAAAUGCAGUUAAAGUGAGGGCCAAAUUUAAGCUUAGUUUUGUACUAGUGUAGCAUUAUUACUUUGGAAGAAACAGAUGAAGUUAAAAAUGUAAUAAUACGAGAAUGUUGAAUGGUUUUUGGUGUGGAUC